AUGUCCAGACCAAGCAAGUCGCCCAUCAUGCUUAACGUCAAGAGGCUCAGCGACCUGCUGGCCAAGAACGUGGAUGCGAGGCUGUAUCCGCGCAUGUUCGUGAUGUCGCCAAAUGGAACUCUGCUUGCCUACUCAACCCCCGCCAACAUCAAAGAGCUUAGAGACCAGGCCGCUCUGAUUUCCAUGGCCUGGAAAGAACAUGAGCUCAACAUCCACUCAGGGGCACAUGACGCAGAUCACGAAGGCUCUUCCGCGCCACCCCAGCCACUGGAAACUCUAACCAUCGAGUUCGACAACAACAACCUGAUCGUCCGCGCCAUUCAACAGAAGUUGCUACUCGUCCUGGUUGGUGGCGUUCCCCCUGGACGCAAGCAGACGUUCAAGAUUACUCCUGAAACUCAGGGUGGCCCUCGCUACCCCACCGAAAUCGCUGGACUUUCCGGCGGCCGCCACGACGGCGUCAUUGAGCCAUCGCAGUCUUCUGAAGCAUCCGGCCAAGGGGCGGAUCUUGUUGGCUCGCCUGAAGCUCCAUCUACUGCCUCCAUCGCUGACAGCACCAUGAGCCAGAGGGAAAAGGACAUGAAGCUCGGUGCUCUCCAUAUCCAGCGCAAGAAGCUGGACGCCAUGACUAGGUUCAUCCGACAGGACUUUGAGAGGAAAGGCUUCGUCAUGCCUGACGACGUGAGCUUCCCAUAA